CGCCGCCUGCAAAGCCGCCGCCGCCCCGCGAAGACCACCGCUACCCCCUGCCCUGCAGCCGCCGCCACCGCCUGUGUCGCCGCCGCCUCGGGACCGGCUGUAUGAUUAGGCCACAAUCUUCAAUGAGUAAACAUAUUCCUCAGUUCUGUGGUGUUCUUGGUCACACAUUUAUGGAGUUUCUGAAGGGCAGUGGAGAUUACUGCCAGGCACAGCACGACCUCUAUGCAGACAAGUGAACUGUAGAAAUUCAUUACUACUCCACCAAGAAGCCCCCAUAAGAGUGGUUAACCUGGACACAGAGUGUUGAAUUGAAAUCCACAGAGCAUUUUACAAGAGUUCUGACCUGGAUGGGGUAAACCUCAGUGCACUUCCUUUCUAUUGCCUCAGUAUUACUGGAUUGAAGAAUUGCUGCUUCUUGUUAGGAGGUUCAUUUCAUUUCCCAUUACUCCCAACUUCAUACUCAAAGCACUGAGAAUUUCAAGUGGAGUAUAUCGAAGUAGACUCAGUUUCUUUGCAUCAUUUCUGUUUCAAUUUUUAAAAUUCUUUCAUAACCUUAUUGAGUGUUUUUAACAAAAUUAACAUGGCUCGAAUGAACCGCCCAGCUCCUGUGGAAGUCACAUACAAGAACAUGAGAUUUCUCAUUACACACAAUCCAACCAAUGCGACCUUAAACAAAUUUAUAGAGGAACUUAAGAAGUAUGGUGUUACCACAAUAGUAAGAGUAUGUGAAGCAACUUAUGACACUACUCUUGUAGAGAAAGAAGGCAUCCAUGUUCUCGAUUGGCCUUUUGAUGAUGGUGCGCCACCAUCCAACCAGAUUGUUGAUGACUGGUUAAGUCUUGUAAAAAUUAAGUUUCGUGAAGAACCUGGUUGUUGUAUUGCUGUUCAUUGUGUUGCAGGUCUUGGGAGAGCUCCAGUGCUUGUUGCCCUAGCAUUAAUUGAAGGUGGAAUGAAAUACGAAGAUGCAGUACAGUUCAUAAGACAAAAGCGGCGUGGAGCUUUUAACAGCAAGCAACUUUUGUAUUUGGAGAAAUAUCGUCCUAAAAUGCGGCUGCGCUUCAAAGACUCCAAUGGUCAUAGAAACAACUGUUGCAUUCAAUAAAACUGGGGUGCCUGAUGUCAUUGCCUUGGAAGUGGAACUUGAAACAGGACCUAAUUUGUCAUACAUAGUAGCCAACAUGUUGGCUUAGUGAAUAAGUCUAAUGAAGCUUCCAUAGGAGUAUUGGAAAGCAGUUUUAUCAGGCCACAAGUUUGAUGGAAUUGCAACCUCUAUGCUUGGGUUACGAUCAACCUGUUUUGGACACUUAGCAAAAGAUUCUUGCUGUUCAACAUUUAAAAUGUGCUUAUCACUUGUACCAAUUGACCUUUCCUGAAAUCAUGCAGUAUUGAGUUAUGUCUUUAAAUCUAUUCCCAUGCCAGAAUCUUAUCAAUAUAUAUGAAAUUUAGAAAGAUUAGGUGCCAAAAUACCCAGCACAAUACUUGUAUAUUUUUAGUGUUAUACAGAACUAAAAUCCCAGGAACUAUGAACACUCUGGACCUUAUGUGGUUUAUUCCUUCAGUCAUUUCAAACAUAGAAAUUAGGGCCUAUAUGGUUAUUUGCCUGCUUACUUUAUGUUUACAUCUCCCACAUUUGUACCAGUAUACAUCAGGUUUGCUCAACCUUUUUUUUUUUUUUUUUGGAUUUUUACCAAGUCUUAACAAUGAUUGUUUCAUGUCUUUCUACAAAUUUUAUUUUGUGCUGUUAAGGAAAACCUCCAUUUUGAAAAUCUACAUUGUACAGAAGCACAUGUCUUUAAUGUCUCCAGACAAAAAAAGCCUUACAGUUAAUUUUAAUGUUUGCACUUUGGGGUGCAACUUACAGGGAGGGCCUGAAAAAAAGAAUGGGAGGGGGCUAUUAAGUAUUUUUAGUAAAAUGUUGCCUUUGUCUUGUGCAGAACAUGUAGAAUACGCUCUUUAAUUUAGUAAAUAUUUUUUUAAAAGGUAGAGAUGCUUUGUUAUUGUAGCUAAAACAAUUCUUAAUCAUAAAAUUUCUGAAAUUCUUGUAUUUUUUUUCUUAUCUGAAGUUGUUUACCAACUUAUUUUUGUUUGAAGUGUGAUUUUUUUUUCCUUCUCUUCCCAACCUCUCUUGCAAAAAAAAAAAAAAAAAAAAGUGGGUUUCUGCUAAUGAAUUGAGCAGACAUCUAAUAUUUUAUAUGCCUUUUGAGCUGUGUAACUUAAUAUUUGGAUACUUGAUAAUUUGUUUUAUUAUGUAAUUGAUAAAAUGGUGAUGUGUAUUAAUGUUAGUUCAACCAUAUAUUUAUACUGUCUGGGAAUGUGUGGUUAUAGUUCUGUGGGAGAAAUAAUUUGUCAGUGUUCACCAGCUUGUAAAAAUCUAGUGCGAGAGCUUAAACAUCUAAAUAAAUAAUGAAAUGCA